ACAGUCGUGACGGCAAUUAUACGUCAGUCGGGCACGUUGUAAUUCGUAAUAACAAACAAAAAUAAAAUGAUAAUAAUAAUACGUAAGCGUUUAUACGCAUCACAAUUAUUAUAGUUUCAACCGUCGUACACGACCGGCGGCCGCGUAUGGCACUCGUCUUGUGUACGUUUACAGCAAUUUUGGUAACCACUGGUCUACCAAUUGUUUUCGUUCGGUCGAGGAAUUCAUGUGUGUAGUGCGUGCGUGCGUGCGUGCGUGCGUCUCUGCGUUUGUGUGUGUGUGCUCGUAAAUAAAACAAUUUUCUCGCGAUAAUUAAAACAUUCCACUGGACUACAACUACUACUGGAGGCGAAUAUUAUAGAGAAAAGAAGAAAAAAUUUAAUACCCAUAGCCACAGUAUAGCCGUUAAAAUAACAAUAUUAAUUUAUUUGCUUAUUUCGUCUACUACACUCUUCUUGGUUUUCGGUUUCCCUUCGAAGGCAAUUUACAGCAGUGUGCACCGAGCAGCUGCAGUGGUGGUCACUGGUCAGUCGUGGUCGUCACCGCCGCCCAACAACGGUCGCAGCGCCACUGAAAAUAUAUUAAGUGCAAAAUAUUAAUAUCAUCAUCGUCAUUCAUCGUCUUCACUCGUCGGCCGUGAACAUACGUGCACGCUCCACGCUCGGUGUCCGCGUACCGUCCGAUAACGAGAUAGGGUAGGUAGGCGGUGACUCGUCAGCGAGUGUUGUACGUGUGUGUGUAUGUGCCGCGUACGAGUGCGGUGUCGUAAAAAUAUAAAUAUACAUUAAAAUAAAAAUAAAAAAAACGGAUUUCCAAAAAUAGGUAGGUAGUCGGACGUCAGUGUCCCUCGGUGGCCCGUGCAACAGUGCCGACCCCUGUCCUCCACCCGCCCCGCUUGCCACACGACGGAUGUCCGGGUGCUGGACGCUAUGAAAGAACUCAACCGGUCGGCGUCCACCAAAAAGAAACCGAUCAACAGUUCGAAUGGUAUGAUCAGAAAGGUGUCGUCGCUGUUCAGCCUGGACGCUCAGAUGAACGGCAACGCCAAGCCCGAAUGGAUCGCCGACGAGAUUGCCUUGGAAAGAGGUGACUCGGGACUGGGCUUCAGCAUAGCAGGCGGUACAGACAAUCCACAGACCGAUGACGAUACGUCCAUAUUUAUUACGAAAAUAAUUCCUGGCGGAACAGCCUACCGAGAUGGUCGGUUAUGUGUCAACGAUAUCAUCACCAAAGUCAAUGAUACGCCUGUUGUUGGCGUGCCUCAUUCGACCGCAGUAGAUGCACUUAAAAGAGCAGGACACACAGUUACAUUAUGUGUAAAACGCAAGAAAAACAUAUUGCCUCUAGGGCCAAAUGUCUUAGAAAUAGAACUCAGCAAAGGCACCAAGGGAUUGGGAUUCAGUAUUGCUGGUGGGAUUGGCAAUCAACACAUACCUGGUGAUAACGGGAUUUUUGUUACUAAAAUAAUGGAUGGAGGUGCUGCCCAAGUAGAUGGUAGAAUAUUGGUUGGUGAUAAACUAGUUGCAGUCAAGAACACUCUUCUUGGCGAUCGAAAUUUAGAAAAUGUAACACAUGAAGAAGCUGUAUGGACAUUAAAAAAUACCCGUGAAAAAGUGUUAUUGGUCAUUGGUAAAACUGAACCAAUCACAUACACAGAUUCUGCACCAUCGCCAAUCAUUAUUGACACCAUUCCAAAUUCAUAUUCUACAGACACAUUAAAUACUGUAAAAAGUUAUGAAAGCUUACCAGACCAUGAUGUAAGGACAGUAGUGUUACAUAAAGGUUCAGGGGGAUUAGGAUUUAACAUUGUUGGUGGUGAAGACGGAGAAGGUAUAUUUAUAUCAUUCAUUCUUGCUGGUGGUCCAGCCGAUCAAACUGGGCAAUUAAAAAGAGGAGACACUAUCCUAAAAGUAAAUGAAGUUAGUUUGGAUAAUGCAACACAUGAAGAAGCAGCUGAUGCUCUUAAAAAUGCUGGACAAACUGUUUUAUUAACAGUUCAACAUCGACCCAAAGAUUAUAACAGGUUUGAAGCUAAAAUUCACGAAUUAAAAUCUCAUCUUGCUGCUUCUACUGGCACAUUGAUCCGCACUACUCAGAAAAAAACAUUGUAUGUCCGUACCCUAUUUGAUUAUGAUCCAUCUGGUGAUGAUGGCCUACCUAGUAUUGGACUACCAUUCAAAUAUGGUGCAAUUCUUCAUGUGACAAAUGCAAGUGAUGAUGAAUGGUGGCAAGCGCGAAAAGUCUUAGCUACUGGCCGAGAAGAAGGUAUUGGCAUUAUACCAUCCAAACGCCGAUGGGAGCGUAAACAAAAAGCCCGUGAUCGAUCUGUAAAGUUUCGAGGAAACGAAAGCAAAAGUUUAGAUAGGUUAUCAACAUUAGAAAGGAAAAAAAAAUCAAUGACUUUUAGUAGAAGAUUCCCAUGGGUGCGAAGAGGUAAAGAUGGUAAAUAUGAAAAUGGCCUUGACGAUAUGGUAUUGCAGAGGCAAUCUAGAGAAAAUAUAUGUGAAAAGGUUGAAGAAACUCCUUCUUAUGAAGCAGUGGUUCGGCUUCAAAUUUCCUAUACACGACCUGUCAUUAUACUUGGUCCAUUAAAGGAUAAAAUUAAUGAUGACCUAAUUUCAGAAUAUCCAGAACGUUUUAGUUCCUGUGUCCCCCACACAACACGAGAAAUAAGACCAGAUGAAGUUGAUGGUCGUGAUUAUCAUUUUGUAAAAUCUCGUGAACAAAUGGACCUUGACAUCCAAAAUCAUUUGUUCAUUGAAGCUGGGCAAUUCAAUGGCAACCUAUACGGUACAUCUGUUUCAUCUGUUCGUCAUGUAGCCGAAUCUGGUAAACAUUGUAUACUCGAUGUAAGUGGUAAUGCCAUUAAAAGACUUCAAGUUGCUGGUUUGCAUUCUAUAGCAAUAUUCUUUAAGCCAAAGAGUGUAGAAGCAUUAAUGGAAAUGUGCAAGCGUAUGAGCGAAGCAGAAGCAAGAAAACAUGUAGAACGAGCUGCUAAAAUAGAACAAGAAUUUGGUGAUCAAUUUACAGGUAUAGUCCAGGGUGACACAUAUGAAGAAGUAUAUGAUAAUUUAAAAGCAAUGAUUGAAAGAAAUUCUGGUAGACACAUUUGGGUAUCUUCUAAAGAGAAAUUAUAAACGAUAAAACCAAUUGUAAUAUUUUAGACAGAUUUAUAACAAAAGAAAUAAUUGACGCUUACUUGUUAUCAGGGGUACAAUUUUUGUGUACUUUCAUCAAUUGUUUUUUGUUUGUCAUUAAUUGUUAUGUUUCUAUUAUGUUAAUGAAUUUUAUUGAACUCUGCAUUUAAUUGUGUAGAACGACUUAUGCAUUCUAAAAAUAAUAUUAUGGUGGAUGGGUGUAAAAAAACCUCUAGCUUAAUUUGUCCGUAUUUUUUUCUCUUUUGGCAACUAUUUUAAUUUAUGAUUGAAAUGUAGUCUAGUCUCAAUUCUGUACUUGUUACAAUUUCUUUUUGAAAAUUAAUUAUUGUUGAUAUCUAGCAUUUUUUUUAUCAUUAACGCAAAAGCCGUGCCAAAGUUCCUUUAAUCAAAUUUAAGUUUAAAUAUAUAGUAAAAAUAUAUAUAUAUUUUGUGCAAUUAGAACUAAAUCAAAUUCCUGCUCAAUAUCUCUUUUCUUAUUAAGUAUAAACAUCUUUUUUUCAUGUUUUAACAUUUAUUUUCCUUAUCAAUUGUAUUAUUUUCAAACUUAAUUUUGUUACAUUAAUCACGUGUCUAACAUGUAGUAGUGCCUUUUUAGUUAUUAUUUAUUUGAAUAUUUAAAUUAUUAAUAUUAACUAAUGAAUUAUUAACAAAUUAAUUUAUUGUAUGUUAACUAUAUGUAUAUGUGCUUUAUAACAGAAUGCACCUCAACAUGAAGCUUGUUGAAACAAAUAUAAUUUUAUGUAUAAUGUAUUAUUAUUAUUAUUAUUAUUAUUAUUAUUAUUAUUAUUAUUAUUAUUAUUAUUAUUGUCAUCAAUAUUAUUAUUAUUAUUAUUUUCUCAAUGUUGUACUUAUUUUAAGCAAUCAAAUAACUAUAUUUUUAUUAUUGUAAUCUUGCAUAUUCAAAUAUAUAUUUUUAUGUAUUUCAUGAACUAAUCUCAUUUAAAAAUAUAUUUAUAUUGUAUUAUUGUUUUUUUAUUGUGAAACAGAAACAAAAUAUUAUUUUGUUAAAUGAUGUAUUAAACAGUAUUUCAAAAUGUCUUAGUUUAUUUUUAAUACAUAUAGGACAAGUUAAUAAUUAAAAGCUUUCCCCUUUUAUGCUGUUCUUUUUAAUUAAUUACCUGGAUUUUUCUUAUAUAAAGUACAAUAACUCUAUACCUAUGAAAUAUAUUUGUGAAUUUAUUAUUGAAUAAUUUCUUCAUUGUGUUUGUGAAGUGUUAUAAUCUCAUGUGUUCAAUAAUGUUAUAACUAAAUAGUAUUAUUUAAAUUACUUCACAUCCUCCAUAAAAAUUUUUAAAUACAAUUUAAUUAUUUUUUUUUUUUUAUGAUAAUGGAUUAAUAAUUUUGGUGCUUCAGUGUUACUCUUGAUUUUUUCAAAUAGAAUUACAAUACAAUAUAUUAUACUGUACUAAAUUUGUAUUUGUGUAAGUUAUGCAUAGUAAUAAAUAUUAAAUAAUAAUCAAUAAUAUUACUGAUACAUCUUGGUAGUGCAUAGCCAAAUAUUGUUAUUCCCAAUCACUGUCUCAAUAUUGUAUGGUAUUCUGAUUUUAUUUUAUUUUAUUUAUUUAUAUGUAUUAUUGAAUUUAAAAAAUACACUAAAAUACACUUGCAAUCAAUGCUGUAGUAAAAUUUACAACUUAUCUAUGUACAUAAUAUAUAAUAGAAAAGUAAUAAAUAUUUAAUUUUUUAGUAAACAA